CUGGCGGAAUGUGUGAGGCGGGCUCUGUGUGUGAGAGAGAGAGAGAGAGAGAGAGAGAGAGAGAGAGAGACCCAGGUGGUGGGACAACGUCCACAGACCGCCAGUCCUUAUCUCCACUAUUAUAACACAUCAGCAUUAGGCUGCUGCUGAGCCAUUUUGGACAGACCGAGGGCCGGCGGGUUGACUGUGACGCUCGGCUUCUCUCUCUCUCUGACAGAAGAAGAAGAAGAAGAGGAAGAAGAAGAAGAAGACGCGGAAGUUGUUGAUUAUGGCUUCUUCUCUUUUGCAGAAGUUCACAAUGAAGAGCAGCGUGUUGCUGCUGCUGCUGCUGCUGCUGCUCACAGCUUUCACCUGUGGAGAAGACAACACAGCCGAGGAGCUUCAGGUGGAGACCCUGGUGAAACCAGAAACUUGCUCUGUACUUUCCACAAUGGGAGACACGCUGCAGAUCCACUACACGGGGAAGCUGAUGGAUGGAAAGGUGAUCGACUCGUCUCUGUCCCGGGACCCUCUUGUUGUCGAGCUGGGGAAGAGGACAGUUAUUCCCGGUCUGGAACAAAGCCUUGUCGGCGUGUGUGAAGGGCAAAAAAUCAAGACCACUAUUCCACCUCACCUUGCGUAUGGAAAGAAAGGUUACCCUCCUACAAUCCCAGGUGAUGCUGUUCUUGAGUUCGAGGUGGAGGUGAUUUCUCUAACGCAGCAGACGCCGUGGCAGAAAAUGAUCAAUGACGUGUUCCCCCUGGUGUGUCUGUUCCUGGUGCCCACUCUGCUCGGCCUGGUGGGACUUUACCUCUACCAGAAGGCCAACGCCCAGAAGCCCGGCAAGAAGAAGGCCAAGGACAAGAAGAUGAAGAAGAAAUGAGGACGAGGCACAGAACUAUUUAAAUAAAUUUUUUAAAUUGUA